GAGGAGGAAACCUGGGGCUUCUUUUCUUCAGGGGCAUUUAACUGAGAGUUUAUGGAGGCUGCAGCCGUGGAAAAUGAAGAUCUCCUCUGUGGUCUUCGCUCUCCUCACUCGAGCACUGUUUGGAGAUUUGUGUUCGGCCAUCAACGUCACCAUCACCCCAUCGCCCUUCACAGUGGCCCAGGAGGGUCAAAACAUCACCCUCUCCUGCGUUGUGUCCCAGCGACGCCGAAAUGCCGCAUUACCGGUCGUGAAAUGGACCUUCCUACCGGCGGGCACGGACCGCCAGGAGGACGAACUCCUAAUCGCUCGCGUCAACAUGAGGAAGGCCCGUUUCUAUGGCAACUACACCAAGAGCUUCCCGUGGCCCAAACUGAAGCUGACGGUGGUGAAGCAGGGGAAGAUCUUUGACCUGAUGAUCUUGAACGUGGGGGAGGGGGACCGGGGGCUCUACAUGUGCCGGGUGCAGGAGUUUAAAAAGCACCAGGACCGCUGGAAGGCCUCAUCCAACUGCACCGCCGCUACUGAGCUCAGAGUACAUGUCCUACCAGCCACCAAGGCCAAAGACAGCCUGUGGAGCUUGUUUGAAGACGUAUACCUGUGUGCGGUGUUGAUCUGCUCGGUGGGCCUUCUGUGCAUGUGCAUGUUCACGGUGACGGUAACCUGCCAGUACGUACAGAGGAAGCAGAGGUUAAAAGAUAAUUACCACCUGGUUAAAAGCCCACAGAACAGCUCAGGAGAGACAGUUACCAGUCUGGUCAGUGUGUCUCCUGCUCUGCCUCAGAAGGAGAGGAGGUACAGGAAGAAAAGGAGCAGAGAAUACCAAGAGGAGACACCGCCAGAGAUACCAGCCAAAGCUCCCAUCGGAGACAAAACAAGGAAACCCAAACUUUUAAAACCACAGCCAAGGAAAGUAGUGUUGCCGAAGAUAGUGGAGGAGAAUCUGACGUACGCGGAGUUGGAUCUGGUGAAGCCGAUUCCAGAAGCCAAGGCGUCGCGUAGCGGCACCGUGUACGCUCAGAUACUGUUCGGGGAGCAGCAGCUAUGAGAGGAAGACACAAACACCACUAGUAACUGUGCCUUAUGUAGAAAUAAGUAUUGUCUAUUUAUGGUCUGUGUUCUGUAUUCAAAUGGUUUGUGAAGGGCAAAAUGUGUAACGCCUCAGAAUUAUGACAAAUUUGUACAUAUGAUUUUAUAUGAACUUUGAUAUAACUUCUUUCUAUGUGAGACCAAGAUGCAAAAGGGAAAUGUUUUGUAUACUUGUGGUAUUCUUCUCUUGCACAUGUUUGAAUCCUGUGUAGCUCUAACUGGGGACACAAUAGAAAAGACUAUGGCGCAGAUUUUGCCCAUCAUCACAAUCUAAAGGGAGAUUAUAUAUUUUGAAUUCGCGGCCGAAUCUUGAGGCUCCCUGAUCAUAUCAAAACAUGCUUCGGUCGAUUUUUGCAACGUGACGUCAACAGUUUGAUGUCCGGUGGCGUAUGGGUUUAACAGACAGUGAAUGUCAAGUUUACUCUGGGGUGAGGUGAUAUGAGGGUGCUGUUACCACUCUCGCGUCUGUGCAUUACGUACAGAGCUGGAACCAGGAGGUGGUUAGCCUAGCAUAACGAGCGUAAACAUGGUGGAAACAGCUGGCCUGCCUGUAGCUAGCUAGCACUCUACACAGCUAGGGCUGUUUAGUUUCUUGACAAGAGGCUCCUGGUUGUUGUUUACCACGAAAGAAAGGUACUUGCAUAACUUCCUGCAAAACCCCAAAUUGUUGUUUUUUAAAUUUUUUGUAUGUUUAGAGGCGUUAGUAGUUGUAUUUUUGAACCAGGCUAGCUGUUUUCCCCUGCCUGCAGUCUCGGGGAUUUUCCUAAGUUAAGCUAAUUGCCUCCGAGCUUUAGCUUCAUACGUAACACACAGAGGCGAGAGAGGUAUAGAUCUUCUCAUCUAAUACCCAAAAUGUCAAACUACUACUUUAAAUUCAUAAUUGAACAUUAUUCUAGAUGCUGGCAUUUAAUAUUAAGUUGAAAUACACAAAGGCUUUGUGUAAGCAACCAAAGGUAAUUUUGUUUCUUGCGCUUCAUAUACUGAUACGCCAUUAGACUGGAUCCUGUGGGAGCCCCUCUCACAUUUCUUUUGACUCUCACUUUCACAAUGAAUUGUGGGAAACCCCAUCUGAGAGCCAGCAGAUUUAUGAACAAGAGACUAAAUAAAUUAGAGACAUCCGUUGUUAUGAAUGUGAACCAAUGCAUUUUCAAUUGUGAUUUUCUUCUAGUGUGUUCCCAGCAUUAUCUGCCUCACAACAUCUGUGUUCAGUCUGGUUUUGUGUGUCAGGCUGCAGUUUAUAAUGACCACAACUCCACAGAGUUGAUAUUAAAGUAGUGAUUAGCCCCCCGACCCUAACCCACCCCCCCCACGGGCAAGUAUGUGAGACCAUGCGAGCCCCUUUCAUCUGGUGCCAACAUCAACUUAACAGGCUGUUAGCGACACACACACAUAUAUAUAGAUGCUGCACAUGCAAGGGUGGAGUUACAUGUAAGAUAAACACCCUUGCAGGCGAACACACAAAGGCACAUACUGUAAAGCCAAAAACCUGCAAACAAUUGUGACACCUGAUCCACAAACAGGGACGAACUUAGACCCAUGCUUGAACUAUUUCACAUUAAUCUAAGUCGGUUUACUUCAAAUCACAAGGUGAUUCACUGAGAUAAGAGCCAGAGGCCACAUCAGCUGUACUCCCACAUGCUGUACCUUCGCUAUGGUCUCCUUGCUUUCUCACUUUCCAUGAAUCUGAGCGUGAAAGUGCUUAGGACUCUUUUUCCAUUUAAUGAUCCCCUGGAUUCAGGCAUGGAAAAAAAGCAAAGGAGAGUUUUUCAAACAGUGAACCUGAAACCCAGACACAAAGGCACCGGAUCCCUCCCUUCCCCCAAAGACCUCCGCUAUCUUAUGUGGAGUUUAUCCGUGCAGAUGGAGCCCAACUAGAGAAGAAGUCGCACUUUCUUCGGCAUGCCUAAUGUGCCUCUGAACUGCAUCGUCGUGUGGUGGUUUUUUUAGCUAAACUAGCUAAUAAUCUGGCAACCGGUAGUUUGAGAGAGUAUGCAGUCACUUCGAGUAAAACGAUCAGACUCCUGACUCCUCUGUAACAACGUAUAUGUUGUAUUAGCUUUAGAGUUGCGUUAACCACCUUCUGAGAGACUAUGUAGCAACUGUAGUUAGCUAGUUAACAGCUGAUAUACGCAUUAAAUUCAUUGGAUGUCUUUUUGUGUUUGUUUGAAUAUGUUGGGAAGAUCAAGUCGUAUGAUUUUAGCCUCAAUCAGCAGUCGUAGCACAAACGCUGGCUUCCAAUAUGGAUGCCUCUUGCUUGAAAAAGCCAGACAAAUGCAGAACUUUCUGGCUAUCACUGCAAAUUUAUAACACAAUCCUACAGCAAGCUUAUAGUUAUGUACUCGUAUGUACAUUUUUUGUUCCCUUCACUAUAUAUUACAUUACAAUGUAAACCACCGCUGACCUCUGCAUUUGUUACCAUUCCAAUUUUCCACUGUUGUUCUCUUGUGUUCAUGUCAGUUGCACAGUGUGUAUAUUCCCUAUAUAAAAUGACUGAAAGUGACCUUUCAGUGGUGGGUAGAAGCGUCUUAAAAAAUGCCCCUUAAACUGUGAAAUGUAAAGUUUCUUCCAGACCACACUGUCCUUAAUGGACGUCUGCUAACUAGAACCAUGUGUGUGAAUGGUGCCUCUUUGCUCUCUCCCUAUUCCCCUCCCUCUCUCUCUGUCUCUCUCUCUCUUUCUCUCUGCCCACCACUGACCUCUGCGUCCGUUGACAUUCCAGCAUUUCUGCUAUUGUUCCUUUUGUACAUUUCAGCCGUGCAGUUUGUAUCAAUAAGUGAAAUAAAUAUAAAA